CCAGGGCUUGGCAGGGUGGUGUGAUAAAGGGCGGAAGUAAAGGUGCAGUUUUGGCGGGCUGGCGGCCAUCUCGGGGCCAGCAUGGAAGACGCUCACCGACGGCACUGUGCCUCACCUGAAAUUUAGUACAUCCCCGGCACACCCAUCGCCUCCCUCUGCCCGGGCCAGGCAAGGAGAGGGCCUGAGGGUCGCUGAGUGUGAGGGCGCGUGCUUCCCUAGGGUUGCCCACCAGGGGGCACUUACAUUUACACAAUACUAGGUUUAUGAGCCAUGGAGAGUGUGGGGACACCUUCCUCAGGAGGGUUGUCAGUGGUUGGGGGCACAGUGCUGAGUGUGUGUGAUGGCCUCACCUACACCCAGCUUCUGGACCACGGCUAUGGCCUUACCCCCAUCACACCCAGCAACUCCCAGGAGUCCCCCUCCGUCACUCCAGGUCGCACACAGAGUGUGAAGCGCCGCCUGGUGCUGGAGGAGGGGGGUGUUGACGGGGAGGGCUUCAGGACUCCAGUCAAGACCCCCCGGCGGGCCAGGCAGAAGUCCGUCUCCUCCACCCACUACACUCCAUCACCGUCCAAGGGGAAAGCGCCAGCUGUUCCUCCAGCGCCCUCCCCAGGCAAAACAUCCCGGUAUGACACUUCCCUAGGACUCCUUACCAAACGCUUCGUGGAUCUGCUGCAGACUGCCCCAGAUGGCACAGUGGAUCUAAACAAGGCUUCUGAUAUGCUGUCUGUUCAAAAACGAAGAAUAUAUGAUAUUACAAAUGUGUUAGAGGGCAUUGGUCUAGUCAACAAGAAAUCCAAAAACAACGUCCAGUGGUUAGCGGCCAGGGUGAACAGCGAGGAUCUUGAAGGAGAUCUGCAUGACCUAGAAGCCAAGGAAAACGAGCUCGAUAACCUUAUAGAACAAGCAGAGAGAGACUUGAGACAGCUGAGUCAGGACAAGAGGUUUGCCUACAUCACCUACCAGGACCUGCACACCAUCAGGGAAUACAAGGACAAGACUGUGUUUGCCAUCAAGGCUCCACCCGGAACUCAGUUGGAGGUCCCUCAGGAGUUGAAAAAAAAGAACUGUACACUUCACUUAAAGAGUGAUAACGGUCCCAUAGAAGUUUACCUGUCAGAAUCUGCUGUUGAGGACAGCCCAGCCAAGGAGCAGGCUAUCAGACAAAGCCCUCUCAAAGCCUCCACAUCAGCAGCAAACACCUCCAGGGCCAAACUUAGACCCACUCGGACAAAAGCCAGCAAAGCAUUACUGCAGACAAACAAGCCUGUUCUUAAAACACCAAAGAAGGAAUUGGAGUCACCUGCGCAAUCUGACAUUAAGACAGAAGUACCUGAACCAGAUGAAGAGGGCCUGUUGGGAGCCUCGUCCACUCUGGACCUAAAUGAUGAGGGUCUGCGCACCGCCCUCAUUGUGGGGUCAGAGGACCUCGGCCCUGUUGGGGGGAAACUCCAGCUCCAGAUGGAAGACCAGGGAGAAGGCGGAUCUGAAGACGUGAUGCUGGGCUGCACCUCUGGCUCUCCCCUGCCCUUCCUCACACUGGAGCCUCCCAUCUCGGACACAGAUUACAACUUUGCUCUUGACAUCACUGAAGGAGUAUAUGAUCUCUUUGAUUUUAACUUCUGACCAGUCAAAGUAUAGUCCAGCGAGUGUUUUAUUUUGUAAAGAAAUUAAAUCUUGUGUUUACAUUAUUAUUCCUGAAUGCAGUUUAUGUUCUUGAUGGUUUUCACUUGCAUAAUGUAAGCUUUCAGACACUGGAAAUGUAGACUUUUUAGUGUUCUCACUCCUUUAUGAGAUGUGUUCUAGGUCAUUUUUUUUCUCCCCAUGAUAAACUCAUUUCAUUCAUAAUUUGUUUUGUUUUGUAGUAUAAUUUUUUCAGCAAUAAAGUAUUUAUACAAUAAAGACUUAACUGACCAAUUGCGAACAAAUGAUUGGAGGAGCAAAGCCAAUGUGGUGGUACUCGUGUGCUCUGCAAUGGUGUUGAAGAGACUGCAAAUGUUUCCUCUGGUGCAUUUUUAUGUAGGCUUAACUAUCAAGCCAAAAGUAGCUGUGACUAUUCUAACUGGAGAUCUGCAUGUCAGCCCCAUGUAGUACCUGCAUUCUGGUGACCAAGGGCUGCCUCCACAGUUUUAAAAGAAAGCACAUUAUAGAAGUGCAGCUUGUGUUGCAUCAUUCCUUUUAAAAAUUGACACCUGAAAUAUUUAACCAAUUCUUUAAUUACUUUAGGGGUCGAGUAGUAGUGAAUUAUAUAUAAUAUUUUUAUUUGACAAUUUCUUUAUUUCCUUCUUAUUACUGUUUCCUUCAGAUCUUUCUUAUUUAAUGGUUCAUAACUUGAUAAGUAUAACUGAGAAUUAAUUUUAUUUUCUUAUAAUAUCUUAGAAUUCCAGUUUAAGCUUUAAUGGUUGACAAACUUGGCCUUUGGGUGCAGAGGGAGCCAUUACUUCCAUCCAUUAGUUUUCUUAACAAUUAUAUGAGAAAAUUAUUUGCUUUUCAUAACUAUAAUGUGCCAAUCAAAUUCCCUUUUCUUUUAAGACAUUUAUUUAAGCAUACAAGUCAUAACAACCUCACAUCCAAGAGAUUUCAAUCUAACUAGAUGCCUUAUACUAGAACCAAAUGUAAUAUUUUGCAGUACUACAUUUUAUUAUUUCCUAUGGAAAAUUUUUAAUUGAAUUUUCAAGCCAGAUAGGUUCUUGGGAAAAUUUGACAGACAGCAUGUUUCAUAAUGGCUAAUAUAUAUGCAAAUAAAUAAUUGGCAGAAGCCAUUAACUGAAUGUUUAUAUCAGUGAGUGUUGAUAAAUGUUACACAUUACUUUUACACCAAAUCUGGGCCUGAUGAACCCUGUGGCGGCCAAGAUGUAUGUAUGUGUCCUGUGUAUGGUUCUGAGUGGGUCAGAGAGCUUAGAAAAUUAUUAAAUUUAUUCUGUAGGAUGUCAUGUUUUAAGUCUAAUUUAGUGCUAAAGCUUCUUAAAGACAUGUGUGUGCAUGUUUGCAAAUGAAUUUAAUUUACACCCAUUUUCACUGCCAUGCAAAUUAUGCUGUCAAGUAAAUAAUGCCAAGGUAGUGGUUACUUUGGGGCACCCUGACGCACACCCAACCCAGCCUGGGACUCGCCAGGUGUCAGUAAACAGUGAAGCUCAUUCUGUUUGCGUGUGGAGAAUGUGUAUUAUUAUUAUUAUUUAUUUAUUUUUUUUUUUUAUUUAUUUAUUUAUUUUUUUUUUUUUGGAAUGACAUUUUUCUGUGAUGAAUUGCAGUCAGUGAUUGACAUUUUUUUAUUUAUUAUUAUUAUUAUUGUUGAAAGUUCUUAACUCACUGACAUUACACAAUUACUACUGCUUCAUUUUCAUACGUGUUGGAUUGCUCAUGCCUACGGUAGCAUCAUGGAAGAUGUUUCUAGCAUUCAUGUUUUGUAAAUUCAUGGUUUUUAAGUACAAAUUAUAUUCAUUCGGUGGUACAGCUGUGAGUAGAAUGUUGAAGUGUGAUGGUAGACCAUGUAAAGUGACUUUAUUGCUGCCUUGAACCAAAUGAGAUUUGGGUAAAGCCUCUGCUGUAGAUUUACACUUCCAAGCUUCUCACAGCUGUAUCUUGUAACACAUUUGUUAAAAAAAAAUGGAAAUAAAAGAGAUAUAUGAAAAUUGUAAA